GGUAGCGUCAUGGUGUCUUUAUGUGUCUGAAUAACACACAGCUAGCGAGCAGUAUUGCUUAUUGGGAUUAAAAUCGUCUCUUUUAACAAACGACAAGGCGUGCAGCUCACGUUGUCUAAGGUCAGCUGUCAGGUGAAGGUUUGUCAUUAAGCAGACCUGUAACAAAGCGUUCAUUAACACAACACGGUGCCGUCGGUCGGAGCUAGCGCGAACCGUAAACAGCACACAACAUGGGGAAAGGCCUGCUGCAUGGAGGAGUUCAGUGACAAGUGGCAAGCUACGCAGACAGACUGUUACAUUUGUAUCUCCAUAGCUGCCACUGUUAGAUAGUACAGUCAGAUGUUGCUUGGCGCUGUCGUGGAGAAGUCCCGUUAACAAUUGUCAGGACAUUCAGUAUGCUGGCCUUUUGGACGUGAACAGAUUGAAGACAACUUGAGUCAGUGAGACCUUGAACCUACGUUAGGGGAAGAGAUGGGAAACACAGCGACCAAGUUCCGCAAGGCUCUCAUCAAUGGGGACGAGGUGCUGGCCUGCCAACUGUAUGAGAGCAACCAGCAGUUCAAGGAGGCUCUGGAUCCUAACUCUACAUACGGAGAGUCCUACCAGCACAACACUCCACUGCACUAUGCUGCCCGGCACGCCAUGACACGCCUACUCAGGUAUUUUCUCCUAAACAAAGAUGGGAAUCCUAACAAGCGUAAUGUGCACAAUGAGACCUCUCUGCACCUUCUCUGCAUGGGGCCCCAGAUCCUGACAUCCGAGGGAGCACUGCAACCCCGGAUCUCACGGCCAUAUGAAGACAAACAGCGUCGGGCAGAAUGUCUACAGAUCAUCCUGGCAUGGACUGGAGCAAAGCUGGACCACGGAGAGUAUGAGAGAGCGGAUAUCAAUGCCAUUGACAACAAGAAAAACACCUGCCUACACUAUGCUGCUGCCUCGGGCAUGAAGACUUGUGUUGAGUUCCUGGUGCAGAGAGAAGCAGACCUGUUUGCGGAGAACGAAAACCGCGAGACUCCAUGUGACUGUGCAGAGAAGCAGCACCACAAGGAGUUGGCCCUGUGCCUGGAGUCGCAGAUGGUCUUCUCUCUUGCCCCCGAGGCAGAGGGUAUAGAGGCGGAGUACGCAGCCCUUGACCGAAGAGAGUUGUAUGAGGGCCUGCGGCCUCAGGAUCUACGGAGGUUGAAGGACAUGCUGAUAGUGGAGACAGCUGAUAUGCUCCAGGCUCCUCUUUUCACUGCAGAGGCGCUGCUACGUGCUCAUGAUUGGGACAGAGAGAAGCUCUUAGAGGCCUGGAUGAGCAAUGCUGAGGAAUGCUGCCAACGCUCAGGGGUACAGAUGCACAACCCGCCUCCAAGUGGCUACAAUGCCUGGGACACCUUGCCCUCGCCUCGCACGCCACGCACCACCCGCUCCUCCAUCACCUCCCCAGACCAAAUCAGUCUCAUGCCUGCAGAUGAGGAGUCUUCUCUGUGUGGCAUCUGUAUGUCUUCCAUCUCCGUCUUUGAGGAACCUGUUAACAUGUCCUGCGGCCACGAGUUCUGCAGAGGAUGCUGGGAAGGGUUUCUAAAUCUAAAGAUCCAGGAGGGUGAAGCCCACAACAUCUUCUGCCCAGCCUUUGAUUGCUACCAGCUAGUGCCUGUGGAAGUCAUUGAGAGUGUGGUGUCGAGAGAGAUGGACAAGCGCUACCUCCAGUUUGACAUCAAGGCAUUUGUAGAGAACAAUCCUGCAAUCCGCUGGUGUCCUGAGGCAGGGUGUGAAAGAGCAGUGAGACUAAACACCCAGGGCCCUGGGACCUCCUCCUCAGACCCAUUUAGCUUUCCCCUCCUUCGUGCUCCUGCUGUGGAUUGUGGUAAAGGCCACCUGUUCUGCUGGGAAUGUCAAGGCGAGGCCCAUGAGCCCUGUGACUGUGAGACCUGGAAGUUGUGGCUACAGAAAGUCAAUGAGAUGAGACCUGAGGAAUUGUAAGUAUGACUUCUGCUGGAUCUGUCUGGAGGAGUGGAAAAAGCACAGCUCAUCAACAGGAGGCUACUAUCGUUGCACCCGCUACGAGGUCAUCCAGCAAGUGGAGGAGCAAUCAAAAGAGAUGACUGAAGAGGCGGAGAAGAAGCACAAGAGCUUUCAGGAACUCGACCGUUUUAUGCACUACUACACACGCUUCAAGAACCAUGAGCACAGCUAUCAGCUGGAGCAGCGCCUGUUAAAAACAGCCAAAGAGAAGAUGGAGCAGCUCAGUCGAGCCCUGAGUGGAAGGGAAGGAGGCCCACCUGACACUACAUUCAUUGAAGAUGCAGUCCUAGAACUACUAAAGACUCGCCGCAUCCUCAAGUGCUCUUAUCCGUAUGGGUUCUUUUUGGAGCCCAAAAGCACAAAGAAAGAGAUCUACGAGCUUAUGCAGACGGACUUGGAGAUGGUGACUGAGGACCUAGCACAAAAGGUUAACCGGCCUUAUCUGCGGACACCACGCCACAAGAUCAUCCGUGCGGCGUGUCUGGUACAGCAGAAGAGGCAGGAGUUCCUGGCCUCAGUAGCCAGAGGAGUGGCCCCCAAUGACUCUCCUGAGGCCCCCAGGCGCAGUUUUGCUGGCGGAACGUGGGACUGGGAAUAUUUAGGCUUUGCAUCACCUGAGGAGUAUGCAGAGUUCCAGUACAGACGGAGACAUAGGCAGCGGAGGCGAGGCGACAUGUCCAGUCUCCGUAGCAACACACCCGACCCUGAUGACCCCAGUGACAGCACUUCAGACACACAGGAUGUUGGAGGUGGACGUCGACAAGGUCCUCUGAUGGGUCUAGGUUCUUUGGAUGACGAUGACCCUAAUAUUCUACUGGCCAUUCAGCUGUCACUCCAGGACUCAGGGAUGGCAGGGAGUGGGUCCAACCAUGACGUCCUAGCCAACGAAGCCUCACUUGGUGCUAUCGGCACCUCCCUGCCUUCUAGGCUUGAACAGAGUACUCCAGGUGUAGAGGUCCUCCCCAGAGCUUCCCUAAGCAGCUCAGAACUGCUGGAGCUGGGAGAUAACUUGGCUCGACUUGGCAACAUCAGCAGUCAAUACUCCGCUGCCACUGGUGUCCACACCUCUGUACAGCACUGUGACAGUCACCACCGUGUCUACAGGGCUUCUGUGCCAAUACCAGUGGCUCAGGGUGGCAGCAACUCAUCAACAGGCCUCUUCUCCUCUUCCAGUGACACGAUAGAUUCGACCACAUGCGGCAGCCACGACCCAUCCUCGUCCUCCAUGUUGGCAGCAAAUGCUAACCUGCUAGGCAACAUCAUGGCUUGGUUCCACGACAUGAAUCCUCAAGGUAUCACCCUGGUCCCUUCAACCUCCUCUGACACUGACUCAAACCUCAGCGCACUCCAUGCAGGCGGAGGUGGGUGCCUGCAGGAUGAUGAGAAAGGCGGGGCCGUCCUAGCUGAAAACAGGAAACCUCAGGAAGUGAUGGCAGAUGUGGGUUUCUGCUCACAGAGACUGAGCAACAUGGAGGAGAAGGAGUGUGCUGUCGCUGAGAGGCCGACCCAGUUAGAUCUAGUGGGGCUUGACACCAUCCCACUACCUUACAUGGCCACCCUCGACGCAAGUGGAGACCAUGCCAAACGGGGAGGCCAUGUCGACACUCCGCAGUGUGACUCCAUAUCCGAUCAGCUGGCCAGCACCAGCUCGUCUGAGUGGGAGGACCAAGUGCACUUGGUAUGAAGUGAUUGGCUGAGAUGGGAGGGAGCUUUUUGGGAAAGGCCAAAAAAACACUAUAGAUUGCAAAUUGAAUAGAGUUGAGGAAUAUUUGUUGUAGCUGUUCAGAUGGAAUGUAUACAGGAUGAAGAAUGUGUUCAUUGGAAAGUGGGGGCAGAAGUAUUUAGUGUAGUAUUGCAGUUAGAUCGGUUACAUGCAUUUACUGUAUUGUCAGUCCCCCAGCAACCAGCCCUCCUGCAAAGAAAGUACUAACUACAGAAAAGAUUAGUAAAAAGAUGUCAUUACAAUUUUCAAGGAUAUAUUUCCUAAAAUGAUUGUGCAAUGAAUAUGUUGCUUUCUCUGAAAACAAUUUUAGAGGACAUAAGAGAUUUAGAGAUUUAAGCGUAGUGCAGGCAUUUGUUUUUUCCUCCACUGGAGUAAAAGCCUACUGUAUGUGUCUGAAUCAGGUCUGAGGGAGGUUUUUCAACUGUACAUAUGAGCAGAUUAAUAUCUAGCUCCAACAUUCAAUCUGUGGGGUACAGGCUGGAAAGUUGUCUCUUUCACCUGUCCAAAUCUGCCUACUUUAUAGGUGCCAAACACUGACGAGCAAAAAGCACAAUUUGCAGUCACCAAGUGGAUUCAAAGCAAGUUGUGCCUGCUUAUUACAAUCUCAACAACUCAGCUAAACUUAAAUGUGAAAGUCUCGAGCCAUAUUUUGUUUGAGAUUGCGGCUGAGAUAUAUUUUCAAAUCUCACUAUCUAAAAGCUGUGGUGUGCUGUUUAAAUCUAUAGUGAAAAACCAUAAUGGUUUAGUACUUCAUUUAGUGAAACAUUCACACGAAACAAUUUAGAUUCAUUAUUCUUCUAAAGAAAAGUUGGUAGCCUCCUCAAAAACAUUUCAAAAUUGAGGAGACAAUAGUUAUUCAUCUCAAAGCCUCAAUCCCACUUUCAAUGGGAAACAUCUUGUGAUCUUCAAAAACGACAAACGUUGACAGGCCCAGAGGGGCUGCUCAGUGGCAUUCAGUUCAGUAUGUUCUGAAUCCCAUUGUUGCUUAAAUUAAUGUUUGAGUACUGCAGCUGAAUGUGGAGCAUAACAGACUAAGUAGACAGUGAGUAGUCUUGUUUAUACAUGGCGGGAAAGGCCAGUGAAAGAGAUAAUCAGGCAAUCACAUUCAGACUUUGGUGAAUUAAUUAAUCAAGCCCAAGUCACUGUAAUUUAUCUCUGGGUUCUAUUUAAGUGUUAAUGUAAGCAAAGCCUUGUUAGAGCUCUGCAGAUGUCCCGGGCUGCAGGGUUAUGCAUGGAGAAUUCAUGAAUGUGUAUUGCAUCUCAAACACAUGGGGGGAACCAUGUCUUUGAAACGGUUCUCUACGCAUUUAGAGAUAUAGUGCCUUUAUGUCAAUCACCAUUAUUUAAUUAUUUUUCACACGUUUUUCUGAGUGCUAAUUACACAGUAUUUACAGUGUAAACAAAACAAACACCUGUUACCUUAAAGUUAUUUCUCUCAUAAAGUUUAUAGUGGGCAAAUAUGAGAUCUUAAUUUCUUUUUUUUCCAUCAAAAUAUUUGUAGCAUGAGGCUUUUUGUUGGUUCUAGUAGUAUUAUGUUAAUGGUUAACACUGAUUUUAUAAGAUUUGGUAUAAUGGGUUAAUGUCAAAUUUCAAAUCUUUUCCAAAUAUUUUUUAUUUCUUUCAUUUUUGUGUGCAGAAGGGCUUCUUGACCCGCAUUUUGAAACAGUUGGUUUUUCUGUGGUUUAGAAACUAAAAUCACUGUAUUGACUUUGGAAUGAGUUGACCUACUGUAUGUGUAUCAUGUAUCUUAUCUGAAGACACUAAAAUGGAGGAAAGUUGCAAUAUAAAGUAGGUAUUUAUUUAAAAUAAAUCUGAUCCAUUAAAGAGAAUGGAUUGUGAAUAACCAAUAUGAAAUGAAACACUGAUCAGUGUUUUACCUGUAAGACCUAAUUAUGUUUUUGCACAGACUAAUGUCUGACUGAAGUAAGUUAGCUUAUUUUUUCUAGUAGACGUAUAGAGCCACAUUAAACCUAAGGAUAGUGAUUACUUUAAUAAGUGUCUUGAAGUUGUGAAACUGAGUGCCAUAGGGUUAGGUGAACUUGGUUAAUGUGCGUGGGUUAAACAGGAUAUAACACAUGUGGCCCUUUUUGUGUAACAGUUUGCUGUGCAUGGAAUGGUUAUAAUGGAAUUUGUACUUCCUUUGUAUUUCACCAAUACUGUCCAGGUGAUUUAUUUUAAAAUGACAUAACAUUUUGUAACUCAUUGAGGUUUUCUAUUGUAAAGCAACUAAUCCUUGAAAUGCUAUUUGCACUUUCAUAGUCUAUACUUGAUACAUUCCCUCUUUAUAUGAAAAAUGUUUGAUGUGUAAUGCCAAUAAACUGUGUUGAGUUUUAAUGUG